UCAUUUGUUUCAAAGAUGGUGGAGCGCCGCGAUCAUCACCCCUGUCCCCGCGUUUGUUGGUUUCCACGGUAUUCCCCCACGAGUGAGUCAUUCGUGAUCCGUCCAUCCAUCUUUCGGGUUAAAAUCUGUAAGUUGUAACUAGCGAGACGAGAGUUUUUCAAAAUUAAACUAAAUCCAAGGUUGAAAGCCCAGAGAUAAUCCUUAAAAAUACUUCCCCAUGCCAUACAUGAGCCGUAAGAUCUUAUGGUGGUGUUUUCGAUUUUUUCGAGCGUGAAACUGGAGUAAAAAUCUAAAAAAAUCCAACGUUGCAACGGCGCAAACUUCUGACGCUGUAGGGGCUCGAAACUGUUUACUGUAAGCAGCCGCGUAUUGCUGCUCAUUUUUAUUGUUACGAGGAAGAGAAGAAGAAACGAUUAGGCAGCGGUUCCCGUGCCUCAAAUUAGCCUCAGAAAAAGGGUGCAUUCGAUUUCUUGAAUAAGAAAAAAAAAUGAAACUCGACGUUGGCGACGCUCUCUACGACAGCUCGAGUGUGUCAAGCGACAGUGGAGGAUCCCAAAGUUCCCGUGUCAGCCAUGAUUUUCUGUCAAGUAUCGCUAACUCAACUACACCUAAUAACUUGGUAUCACUCGACGGAUUACACAGCGGAGUACCUACGAGGACAACACCCACCCUGACACCGACGACGCUCCGUAGCAUAGAGCAAACAUUUUUGGAAUUAACUAGUGAGGCGGGAUCGCAUAGCCGUGAAGCAGGAUUCGUGCCCCCGCUGGUUGAACCUUCCCAACCUACUCCGGCGCAAACACAAAAUUCUGGAGUACAUCAUCAACUUGGACUGAACAACGGGAUAUUUGAAAAUAGUCAACAACAAUCUCAAGCUCAACAUCAACAACCGCAACAAACUAGACGCAAUAUGGGAGGUAGAAGACCUACUAGAACCAUCGGUAUGAGCCCAGAAGAAGAAGAAAGAAGACAAGUCAGAAGAGAGAGAAAUAAAAUGGCUGCAGCCAGGUGCCGCAAGCGAAGAAUGGAUCACACCAAUGCCUUGCUAGAGGAAACCGAUGGCUUGGAACAGAAAAAACAGAACUUGCAAGACGAAAUACAGCAGUUGCAACAGGCUAAGGAUGAAUUAGAAUUUAUUCUAGAGGCUCACAGGGCUGUUUGUCGUUUGAGGGCUUCUUCGCCGCAAGAUGUUAAACCUGUCAUAAAAGCUAUCCACGGUGGUAACGAUUUGCAGCAGGGUAGCAACGACGGUGGUAACGAUAACAACGCAGAGUUCGCAGAGCCCAUGAAGAGGCCUGCUGUAGCCGUUAACAAACCUAACAGACCCAAUUCAUUGAAUGUCGGAUUCGACAACAACAACAGGCCAAAUUCUUUACCGAUAUUCAACGAACCUAAGGAAAGACCCGAUACUCUUCAGUUCAAGACCGUUGAGACUCCAGCGUUUAUGAAAACCGUUCCGGAAGUUGCGGGAGUUCCUAUAACGACACCGUCGAGUGGAAUUCCCUUCAAUUUCGAAUCACUUAUGGAGGGAGGCACCGGACUUACACCUGUCUCUACUCCCUUAAUACCGUCUUGCUCUACUCAACAAAGAAACAAUAUCUCAGCUGUUGAUCUUAGCUCACCUGAUGCUAAUCCACCUAAAUUGGUCAGCUUGUGACGCCAGGAUAAUGAACAAGAAAAUGAUUGCAAUAAUGAAUCAGACGAUAACGACGCCGAAUCACUUGAGGGUUGAUUUGUAUUAUGUAUUAUGUAUUAUCUAUGAACGUAUGAUCGUGGUAGGGACGAUUCAUCGACGCUAAUUUUUAACGAAGACAAGGGUUCGACCGUACACCGUACGAAUCGAUAUUGAGUAUUUCAUUAAUCGUUGAUCCCUCGGGCGUAUUUUCUUAAUUUGUAAUAUGAGAUAGCAAUAAGUGAAGCGAGAGGGAAUUCAAAGAGAGAAACCUCCGACCAUCUUGACGGUUAUCUACACACACAGUUUUCUCUUUCUUGCGUGCAUUGUUUGACUUUACAUUUAAUGUUUCGUUUUUAUUGAGCCAAAUGACAGUAGCUACAGUUUCCAUGAGUAUCAUCUCCGCGCGUAUCUAGUGCUCCAGUUCAUAUUUUAGUUUCGAACUUGUCAAGUUUUGACGCUAGAUUUUUUCAAGAAUUUGUUCAAAAACGAAAUCCAAAGAAGAAACAAAAAAUGGGAAAUCCGUCUAAAAGCGAGUGAUAAUACUAUUACAGUAUAUAAUAUUUAAAGAUUACACAAAUUAGGUGGUAAUAAAUAUUAUUUUAAUUAGACGUAUAAUGAUCAAUGACUCGAUACGCAGAGAUACAAAUAUUACGCGUCAAAUAAGUAUAUAUUGAUUAUCGUAUUUACAUACAUAGUAUACAUUUUAAGUAUAACAGGUAUGAACAGUUAUUAUGGAAGGCAAAAUGCUGAAUUUUUAUAAUAAUAUUCAUAAGAGACGCGACGAAAGAUUAAUGGAGUUAUAAUAGAAAAUAUAGUACGUUUUAGCUCAAGUGUUAUUUCAGGGUUUAAGAAAUAAUAGCGGCAGUGAAGUUGAGAUGUGAUUUUCAAAAAAUCAAUUCGUUUUUUCUCUGACUUCUUUCUCCAGUUAGAUAAACGCUCAUCCCUAUUCUAAACGUUAUUAUGUAUGAUAAAAUACAUGUAAUGUAGGUGGUUUUAAACUGACCAUGAUACGCUAAAAUGCCAAUCACUGUACGCCAUGGUGAGACAAUAGCGUACUGGCCAUAGGUCUCACGAUUCGGAGGGAAAAUAAAAAUCAAUCAAUCUGUCGAUCAUUCAUGAAGUCGCAAUAACGAUGACCAGAACAGCUUCGUGUUGUUUCGACGGAGAUUAUGAUUUUUAUUCACAUCGAUAAGUUUAUCGUACAACUAUCAGCCACUGUUAGAAGCCGCCGAAUGAGAAAAGCCUCGAUCAAUUUAUCGAUAAAAUUUGUGUAACGUUUGAUCUCUCCAUGAAUAAUAAUAACAACAACAACAAUGACGAUGACGAUAAUAAUAAAUACUUUAGUAGUAAAUUACUGGGUAUGUCAUAUUAUGUAUCUGUACAUAUUAUGCGUAAUUUAUAACAGCCUACGAAAUUUUAAUACAACAUAUACGUAUACAUACACAUUAA